CUGCUGAUUUACUAACCUGUUAACUUGUUGCCAGUCCCUAAUUACCAUGGUUAACUAAUAUAUCGACAAAGUGGUGCUCGCUGAUCCGCAGCUGAGAGAACGAACGUCUUCGUGAACAAAGAUAGCCUCAGAUGCUAAUGCUAACAAAGCAGCUUGCUCGUAUCUCACCUUUGUCCUCGCGCCGGUCGGCCGCCAUCACAGACCCUGUGACGUGCUCCUAACUCGCGUUCAGGAAAUGGCGGACGAGGCCACGCGCAGGGCCGUGUCGCAGAUCCCACAACUAAGGACGCACGUCGGGCCGCGGGAUCGCGCGUUGUGGCCGCAAAGGCUGAAGGAAGAGUACCAGGCACUGAUCCGCUUCGUGGAGCAGAACAAGGCGGCCGACAACGACUGGUUCCGCCUCGAGUCGAACGCGGACGGCACACGCUGGACUGGCACGUGCUGGUUCAUCCACGAGCUGCUGCGCUACGAGUUCCGGCUCGAAUUUGACAUCCCGGUGACGUACCCGGACACCGCGCCCGAGGUGGCGGUCCCAGAGCUGGAUGGGAAGACCGCAAAGAUGUACCGCGGCGGGAAGAUCUGCCUGACCGAGCACUUCGCGCCGCUGUGGGCACGAAACGUUCCCCGCUUCGGCCUAGCGCAUCUAAUGGCGCUGGGACUCGGACCGUGGCUCGCCGUGGAGAUCCCGGACCUGAUCAGCAAGGGGCUCGUGGUCCACAAGGAACGUGAACGCGAGGUGGAGGGGGAGUGACGUCACGGGACUAAAGACUGAAUCUGAUUGAAAACUGGUUCAGUGAGUCCCGUUUAAUCCAGAGGAAAAAUGAUGAAAGAAUGAACAGAGUCUGGUUUCACACGAAACGUCGUGGCCUUAAGUCCGGACUGCGGGGCUGAAAUGAGCUGAUGACUUUUGUUUUCUUAUAAUUUUAUUAUAAUAUUUACGUCAGUUUGUUUGGUAAAAGCAGCGGUGAAACGGAAAGGAUUUCUGAUUUCAGGGCAAAAUAAAGAAAACAAACUUGA